AUGCUCAUCGGGGAGAUCUUUGAGCUUAUGCAAUUCCUCUUUGUGGUUGCUUUCACCACCUUUCUGGUCAGCUGUGUGGACUAUGACAUCUUAUUUGCCAACAAGAUGGUGAACCACAGUCUUCACCCUACCGAGCCCGUCAAGGUCACUCUGCCAGAUGCCUUUUUGCCUGCCCAAGUCUGUAGUGCCAGGAUUCAGGAAAAUGGCUCUCUCAUCACCAUUCUGGUCAUCGCUGGUGUCUUCUGGGUCCACCGGCUUAUCAAGUUCAUCUAUAACAUUUGCUGCUACUGGGAGAUCCACUCCUUCUACCUGCAUGCUCUGCGCAUCCCCAUGUCUGCCCUUCCAUACUGCACGUGGCAGGAAGUGCAGGCUCGGAUCGUGCAGACCCAGAAAGAGCACCAGAUCUGUAUCCACAAGCGUGAGCUGACAGAGCUGGACAUAUACCACCGCAUCCUCCGAUUCCAGAAUUACAUGGUGGCGCUGGUGAACAAAUCCCUCCUGCCCCUGCGUUUCCGCUUGCCUGGCCUUGGGGAGGUUGUCUUCUUCACCCGUGGCCUCAAGUACAACUUCGAGCUGAUCCUCUUCUGGGGACCUGGCUCUCUGUUUCUCAAUGAGUGGAGCCUCAAGGCCGAGUACAAACGUGGGGGGCAACGGCUAGAGUUGGCCCAGCGCCUCAGCAACCGCAUCCUCUGGAUUGGCAUCGCCAACUUCCUGCUGUGCCCCCUAAUCCUCAUCUGGCAGAUCCUCUAUGCCUUCUUCAGCUAUGCUGAGGUGCUGAAGCGGGAGCCUGGGGCCCUGGGAGCUCGUUGCUGGUCACUCUAUGGCCGCUGCUACCUCCGCCAUUUCAACGAGCUGGAGCAUGAGCUGCAGUCCCGUCUGAACCGUGGCUACAAGCCAGCCUCCAAGUACAUGAAUUGCUUCUUGUCACCUCUGCUGACACUGUUGGCCAAGAAUGGCGCCUUCUUUGCUGGCUCCAUCCUGGCCGUGCUCAUCGCCCUCACCAUCUACGACGAAGAUGUGUUAGCUGUGGAACAUGUCCUCACCACCGUCACACUCCUGGGGGUCACUGUGACCGUGUGCAGGUCCUUUAUCCCAGACCAGCACAUGGUGUUCUGCCCUGAGCAGCUGCUCCGCGUGAUCCUCGCUCACAUCCACUACAUGCCCGACCACUGGCAGGGUAAUGCCCACCGCUCGCAGACCCGGGACGAGUUUGCCCAGCUCUUCCAGUACAAGGCAGUAUUCAUCUUGGAGGAGUUACUGAGCCCCAUUGUCACACCCCUCAUCCUCAUCUUCUGCCUGCGUCCACGGGCCCUGGAAAUUAUAGACUUCUUCCGCAAUUUCACUGUGGAGGUCGUUGGUGUUGGAGAUACCUGCUCCUUUGCCCAGAUGGAUGUUCGCCAGCAUGGGCACCCUCAGUGGCUAUCUGCUGGUCAGACCGAGGCCUCAGUGUACCAGCAAGCCGAGGAUGGGAAAACAGAGUUGUCACUUAUGCACUUUGCCAUCACCAACCCUGCCUGGCAGCCACCACGUGAGAGCACAGCCUUCCUGGGUUUCCUCAAGGAACAGGUUCAGCGGGAUGGAGCAGCUGCUGGCCUUGCCCAAGGGGGUGUACUCCCUGAAAAUGCCCUCUUUACGUCCAUCCAGUCCCUACAAUCUGAGUCUGAGCCACUGAGUCUUAUUGCAAAUGUAGUGGCCGGCUCAUCUUGCCGUGGUCCUUCAUUGCCCCGAGACCUGCAGGGUUCAAGGCACAGGACUGAAGUCGCCUCUGCCCUGUGCUCCUUCUCCCCUCUGCAAUCUGGUCAGGUUUCCACGGGCCGGGCUCCCAGUAUCAUGACAGGCUCUGGGAUGGAUGCCAGGACAGCCAGCUCUGGGAGCAGUGUGUGGGAAGGACAGCUGCAGAGCCUGGUGCUGUCAGAGUAUGCAUCCACUGAGAUGAGCCUGCACGCCCUCUAUAUGCACCAGCUCCACAAGCAGCAGGCCCAGGCUGAACCUGAGAGGCAUGUGUGGCACCGCCGGGAGAGUGAUGACAGUGGGGAGAGUGCUCCUGAAGAGGGGGGAGAAAGUGCCCGGCACCUCCAACCUAUCCCCCGCUCUGCCAGCUAUCCCUGUGCUGCUGUAUCCCGGUCUGGAGCACCUGAGACCACUGCCCUGCAGGGGGGCUUCCAGAGGCGCUACGGUGGCAUCACAGAUCCUGGCACAGUGCCCCGGGCUCCCUCUCACUCCUCCCGGCUGCCCCUUGGCGGGUGGGCUGAAGAUGGACAGUCAGCAUCAAGGCACCCAGAGCCUGUGCCCGAGGAGGGCUCUGAGGAUGAGCUUCCCCCUCAGGUGCAGAAGGUCUAG